AUAAUUUCAGGUAAAUGUCUUUCCCUCUUUCCUUCAUCGGCACAUCGCAGCAGCCAACAGUCGUUUCGGAUAGAUAGUGAAUGCAGCCGUGAGGCUGAUGCUCUGAAAGCUAUUAAACGAUGGUCACUUCAGUCACCUAUCCUCUUCAAACCAGCAAUUUUGCGUCUCUUUUUUUUGGCGAGAGAAAUGGAAUCUGCGUAUCCAGUAGUCCUGUUACUCGUGUUAGUUUCAUGAGGACGACUAUUGAGUGUAAGGAAUCAAGGAUAGGGAAACAGCCCAUUGAAGUGCCAUCAAAUGUCGCGAUAGCAAUGGAAGGUCGGGAUUUGAAAGUGAAGGGCCCUUUGGGGGAACUUUCCAUUACUUAUCCAUCAGAGGUGAAGCUUGAAAGGGAGGAUUCUGGAAAUCUAAGGGUCAGAAAGGCUGUAGAAACUAGAAGGGCCAACCAAAUGCAUGGGCUUUUCAGGACACUAACCAACAACAUGAAGGUAGGAGUAUCUAAAGGGUUCGAGAAGAAACUUCAAUUGGUUGGCGUUGGAUAUCGCGCAAUGUUGGAAGGAAGAGACUUGGUAUUAAGUCUCGGGUUCUCGCAUCCAGUUAGGAUGGAAAUCCCUGAUGGUCUUCAAGUAAAAGUUGAAGAGAAUACUAGAAUCACCGUUAGUGGAUACGAUAAGAGUGCCAUUGGUCAGUUUGCUGCUUCUAUUAGGAAAUGGAGACCCCCUGAACCAUACAAGGGUAAAGGAGUGAAAUAUACUGAUGAAGUUGUAAGGAGAAAGGAGGGGAAAGCUGGUAAGAAGAAGUAAUCAAAUUUUCCGACAAUUACUUGCAGCAUAUUGUUCCAAUUCAUGUCUAAACCCACGGCCCAUUUGAUUUAAGCAUCUGAACUGGAGGGAAAAAGCAGCCCAAUAAGUCCCAUACGAGCCCAGUUUUCAAAUGGGCCUGUAAAUAUGGGGCCUAAUACUCGGAAAAUAAAAUGAAGAGACAAAAUUUAUUC